CCCUACUUCACACAACAAAAAGCAUCGGCAUAUAUGCUGAUUGAAUCAGCCUAACUAUAACAAAAUUAUAAUUUGACCCAUUUAAAUUCUUUUAAUUCUAUUUUGGCCCUUAAAAGCCAUGAAUGCUUUAGUCCUUCUUUAGCAUUAAUUAAAUUUAAAAGGGCUAAACUAUAAUUUAAAAUUGUUAGUAUGGUCUGUUUAGCUCAUCAGUAGUAUGUAAUUUUCAGUGAAUGAUUAUGGAUUAAUGAAGAAAAACAAUAUUUUCUCCCCCAAAUUCUCAUCUCAAUCCCUAGAUCAAAUUCUCCUUUUCUUCCCUUUGUUCCCAAGAUUCCUCUGAAAUCUAAAUUUCUACUAUAGGCUUCGUCAUCUUCCUCCCGUCUUCUUCUCCAAACCCGGCCGCCGCUGCAACUGUCGGCGGACGAAAAGGUCCAGGAAUCCAUUGCUUACUUCAUCUAACUCAUCUCUGUUCUUCUCCUCUUCUUCCUUUGUUUCCUUUUUUUUUUUUCACCAGGACCUCUAGGUGAAAUGCCCACCAACGACGCUUCGCAAGGGGCAUCAAACUGUUAUCUUUUCAAAAGCCGCUUGCAAGAGUUUGCUCAGAAACUUGGAUUGCCCAGGCCUGUUUAUGAAACUGUGAAGGGAGGGCCUCCCCAUGAACCCACAUUUAGCUCAACCGUGAUUUUGAAUAAUGUUAGAUACGAUUCUCUUUCUGGGUUUCAUAAUAGAAAAGGUGCUGAGCAAUCAGCUGCAGAAGUAGCCCUUUUGCAACUCUCUAAGUCAAGAACCACGGUAGAAAGCAUUUCGCAACCAGUGGUAAGAUUCUAUUUUCAUUUAGGAACUAUUUUUUCAUGGUCUUGUCUUGUGCCUUUUUGUCAAGGAGGAGAAGAUGUCCCAGUAGGUAACUGUCUCAAGAUGAUUAAAUUGUUCAUUUUGAGUCUACCAGGCAUUAUACUUGACUAUGAACAGCUAAAUUUACUGUUUGGUAUUAUUGAUGUGUGUAGGUUACUAGUGAUUGUAGAGGAACCAGGUUAAGAAAACUCACUUGUAAAUAUAACUGGAUUACGUACAUUGGUUGUCAGUUAGAUUGAAUAGCUGGGCAAGUUUUCUCAUCAUUUAUGGUUGUUUUAUAUGAGAAUGAGAGAUAUGAUUCAUUUUAUCAUGUGGCAGUAAGAAAACUUCACAUUUAAUUAUAUUAUAACUGGAUUGCGUACAUUGAUUCUCAGGUAGAUUGAAUAGGUGGGCAGGCUUCUCAGCGCUUAUGGUUGUUUUAUUGGGGAACGAGAGAUAUGGUUCAAUUUGUCAUGUGGCAGGUCUUAAAGUUGGAAGUACUAAUAUGCAUGAAAAUGUGGUCAUUUGUUUAUAGAACUCACAGUGGCAAGCUGAAUUCUGUUAUAAUUUUCGGGAGACAUUCUCAGCUCCCGAUUACUUCGUACAUCCUUGGAUAUUCACUAACAUCGUGUUUAUUUCAGCAUGAGACAGGUUUGUGCAAAAACUUGUUGCAGGAAUUUGCUCAGAAAAUGAACUAUGCAUUACCAGUUUAUCAUUGUCAAAAGGUUGAGACUCCGGGCAGGGGAUCAUCGUAUUCUUGUACUGUUGAGACUGGGGGAAUGAAAUAUAUUGGAGGAGCGGCAAAAACUAAAAAGGAAGCUGAGAUUAAAGCUGCCCGUACUGCUUUGUUAGCUAUCCAGGCUAAUUAUUCUUCAGCUGAGUCUUCGGAUGAUGAUUCGGGGGAUGAUGAUUUGGUGCUUACUGUAGUUCCAUUUAAGAAGAAAGAACCCGAAGAAAAUACUGCUGCAGUCAAAAGAAAGAAAAAGCAUUCAAAAAAGAAAUUCAAGAAGAGAAAACGUGCGAAAGAUAAUCGUGGUCAAAACAAAGGGGAUGAGAGCCUCCCUGUGGAUGAUAAUGUUGGACCUGGAGAUCUCAACGGUGGUAGUGUCGUCCAACCAAGUGAUUAUAAAGUUUUACCAGCUGAAGUGGCGGAUUCUAUAUGUCCUGUGGAAGAUAAUGUUGGAUCUGCUGAUAUCAACAGUGGUAGUGUCUUUAAAGCAACCGAUUUUGUAGUUUUAUCAGCUGAAGACACAGAUCCUAAAAGCCAUGUGGAAGACAAUGUUGAACUUGGUGAUAUCAAUGGUGGUAGCCACGUGAAAGCAACCAAUUUUGAAGUUUUACCAGCUGAAAUAAUGCAUUCGAAGUGUAUAGCAGCUGAUAAUGUUAGACCUGGUGAUAUCAACAGUGGUGUCGUCAAAUCAACUGAUUUUGAAGCUUUACCAGUUGGAGUGGAAAAUUCUAGUUUCCCUGAUGUGGGAGUUGAUUCAAUCCCCUACUGGAACUGGAAUGCGUAUUCCUAUCCAAAUAUCAAUCCUUAUAAUCAUGGUGCCGUUGGAAGUUACCCUUGUAAUAGCGACGAUGCUGCAACCCUGAUAUGCAAGGGAGAUUUUCAUCCAGAGCCUGCCAAUUGUGGUGGAAACCGUUUGGUUUCGUGCGUUGAGGAUAUUGGGGAAGGUUCUUUGGAUGGGCUGUUUGAAGAUUUAACCCCUUAAAAGUAAAAAUCCCACCACAUUUUGGUGUCAACUUCUAAAAUCCUGGUAUUUCGCUGUCUGGUGAGCAGUUCCACCAGGGAAUUAGAAAAUUCUAAAAAUUAGAGAUUCAGGAUGAAGAUGGUGAGCUCAUCUUGCAUGUUAGUUCAGGCUAUGUAAAGUUAUGUAGUACCAGUGUCCAUGUAUUUUGAUGUGCUUCGUAUCGGCCCGGGUUUUUGUGAAGAAGUGGAAAUGUGAAGUUUAAAAUCUUGAUCAAGAAUUCAAAUCUUGGAAAAAGCAAAUAGAUAAAUGGUUAGGGUGGUUCUAAAUUUUAAAAAAAUAGUUAAACAGUU